UAGCUGCCGAGAGCCUGCUGACAUGACAUCGGCCACGGAGUUUGAAAACGUGGGCAACCAGCCACCGUACAGCCGGAUCAAUGCCCGCUGGGAUGCCCCAGAUGAUGAGCUGGAUAAUGACAACAGCUCUGCCCGGCUCUUUGAGAGGUCCCGGAUCAAGGCCUUGGCAGAUGAGCGGGAAGUUGUGCAGAAGAAGACCUUUACAAAAUGGGUGAACUCCCACCUGGCCCGAGUGUCCUGCCGGAUCAGUGACCUCUACAAGGACCUGCGGGACGGGCGGAUGCUCAUCAAGCUGCUGGAGGUGCUCUCCGGAGAGAUGCUGCCAAAGCCCACAAAGGGGAAGAUGCGCAUCCACUGCCUGGAGAAUGUGGACAAGGCCCUGCAGUUCCUCAAGGAGCAGCGUGUGCACCUGGAGAACAUGGGCUCGCACGACAUCGUCGACGGCAACCACCGGCUUGUCCUCGGCCUCAUCUGGACCAUCAUCCUUCGCUUCCAGAUUCAGGAUAUCGUUGUCCAGACUCAGGAGGGUCGUGAGACGCGCUCGGCCAAGGACGCCUUGCUGUUAUGGUGUCAGAUGAAGACUGCAGGCUAUCCCCAUGUCAACAUCACCAACUUCACCUCGAGCUGGAAGGACGGCCUGGCCUUUAACGCCCUGAUCCACAAGCACCGGCCUGACCUAAUCGACUUCGAUAAAUUGAAGGACUCCAAUGCACGGCACAACCUGGAGCAUGCAUUUGAUGUGGCCGAGCGCCAGCUGGGCAUCAUUCCACUCCUGGACCCUGAAGAUGUCUUCACAGAAAAUCCUGACGAGAAAUCCAUCAUUACUUAUGUGGUAGCAUUCUACCACUACUUCUCCAAGAUGAAGGUGCUAGCGGUGGAGGGCAAGCGUGUUGGCAAGGUGAUUGACCAUGCCAUUGAGACGGAGAAGAUGAUUGAGAAGUACAGCGGGCUGGCCUCUGACCUGCUCACGUGGAUCGAGCAGACCAUCAGCGUCCUGAACAGCCGCAAGUUUGCCAACUCGCUGGCUGGCGUCCAGCAGCAGCUGCAGGCCUUCAGCACCUACCGCACUGUGGAGAAGCCACCCAAGUUUCAGGAGAAGGGGAAUCUGGAAGUUCUACUGUUUACCAUCCAGUCCCGCAUGAGAGCCAACAAUCAGAAAGUGUACACACCCCAUGACGGGAAGCUUGUGUCUGACAUCAACAGGGCCUGGGAAAGCCUGGAGGAAGCAGAAUAUCGGCGAGAGCUGGCCCUGAGGAACGAGCUCAUUCGACAGGAGAAGCUGGAGCAGUUGGCACGGCGCUUUGACAGAAAGGCGGCCAUGAGAGAGACGUGGCUUAAUGAAAACCAGCGCCUUGUGGCCCAGGACAACUUCGGGUAUGACCUGGCGGCCGUGGAAGCUGCCAAGAAGAAGCACGAGGCCAUCGAGACAGACACUGCCGCCUAUGAGGAGCGGGUGAGGGCCCUGGAGGACCUGGCCCAGGAGCUGGAGAAGGAGAAUUACCAUGACCAAAAGCGCAUCACAGCCCGCAAGGACAACAUCCUGCGCCUAUGGAAUUACCUGCAGGAGCUGCUGAGGGCCCGGCGCCAGAGGCUCGAGACGACUCUGGCACUGCAGAAGCUCUUCCAGGACAUGCUGCAUAGCAUUGACUGGAUGGAUGAGAUCAAGGGUCACCUUUUAUCUGCCGAAUUCGGGAAGCACUUGCUAGAGGUCGAGGACUUGCUGCAGAAGCACAAGCUGAUGGAGGCUGACAUCGCCAUCCAAGGGGACAAGGUGAAGGCCAUCACCGCCGCCACUGCACAGUUCACCGAGGGCAAAGGGUACCAGCCUUGUGACCCCCAGGUGAUCCAGGACCGGGUCAGUCACCUAGAGCAGUGCUUUGAGGAGCUGAGCAAUAUGGCAGCAGGGCGCAAGGCCCAGCUGGAGCAGUCCAAGCGGCUCUGGAAGUUCUUCUGGGAGAUGGACGAGGCUGAGAGCUGGAUCAAGGAGAAAGAACAAAUCUACUCCUCUCUGGAUUAUGGCAAGGACCUGACCAGCGUGCUCAUCCUGCAGCGCAAGCACAAGGCCUUUGAGGAUGAGCUCCGGGGGCUGGACACCCACCUGGAGCACAUCUUCCAGGAGGCUGAGGCUAUGGUCUCACGCAAGCAGUUUGGGCACCCUCAGAUCGAAGCCCGAAUCAAGGAGGUGGCCGCCCAGUGGGACCAGCUGAAGGAGCUGGCCGCCUUUCGAAAGAAGAACCUCCAGGAUGCAGAGAACUUUUUCCAGUUCCAGGGUGACGCAGAUGACCUGAAGGCCUGGCUCCAGGAUGCCCACAAGUUGCUGUCCGGGGAAGAUGUUGGGCAGGACGAAGGGGCCACACGGGCCCUGGAGAAGAAGCACAAGGACUUCCUGGAGGAGCUGGAGGAGAGCCGAGGGGUGAUGGAACAUCUAGAACAACAGGCGCAGGGCUUCCCUCAAGAAUUCCGGGAUUCCCCAGAUGUGACCAGCCGGCUGCAGGCCCUCCAGGAGCUCUACCAGCAGGUGGUAGCUCAGGCAGACCUUCGCCGGCAGAGGCUGCAGGAUGCACUGGACCUAUACACGGUGUUCGGGGAGACAGACGCCUGCGAGCUGUGGAUGGGCGAGAAGGAGAAGUGGCUGGAACAGAUGGAAAUCCCGGACACGCUGGAGGACCUGGAGGUGGUGCAGCACAGGUUUGACAUCUUAGACCAGGAGAUGAAGACCCUGAUGGCUCAGAUCGACGGCGUGAACCUGGCUGCCAACAACCUGGUCGAGAGCGGUCACCCACGCAGUGGGGAAGUCAAGCAGUGCCAGGACCACCUGAAUACCAGGUGGCAGGCAUUCCAGACCAUGGUGUCCAAGCAGCGGGAGGCUGUGGACUCGGCCCUCCGGGUACACAACUACUGCGUGGACUGUGAAGAGACCAGCAAGUGGAUCGAGGACAAGACGAAGGUGGUAGAGUCCACAAAGGACCUGGGCCGGGACCUGGCAGGUGUCAUUGCCAUCCAGCGGAAGUUGUCCGGGCUGGAACGAGACGUGGCCGCCAUCCAGGCCCGCGUGGGUGCCCUGGAGCGGGAGUCACAGCGACUAAUGCAGUCCCACCCCGAGCUGAAGGAGGACAUCGGGCGGCGGCAGGCGUACGUGGAGGAGCUGUGGCAGGGCCUGCAGCAAGCCUUGCGUGGCCAGGAGGCCUCGCUGGGCGAAGCCAGCCAGUUGCAGGCCUUCCUGCAGAAUCUAGAUGACUUCCAGGGGUGGCUCUCCAUGGCGCAGAAGGCCGUGGCCUCUGAGGACAUGCCCGAGUCUCUCCCUGAGGCCGAGCAGCUCCUGCAGCAGCAUGCGGCCAUCAAGGAGGAGAUUGACGGGCACCAGGGGAGCUACGAGAAUGUGAAGGCCUCUGGGGAGAAGGUGAUCCAUGGCCAGACCGACCCAGAGUAUCUGCUCUUGGGUCAGCGGCUGGAAGGCCUAGACACUGGCUGGGAUGCCCUGCAGCGAAUGUGGGAGAGCCGCGGCCGCUCCCUCGCCCAAUGCCUCGGCUUCCAGGAGUUCCAGAAAGAUGCCAAGCAGGCAGAAGCCAUCCUCAGCAACCAGGAAUACACUCUGGCUCACUUGGAGCCCCCCGACUCCCUGGAAGCUGCUGAGGCCGGGAUCAGGAAGUUUGAGGACUUCUUAUUGUCCAUGAAGAAUAACCGGGACAAGGUCUUGAGUCCUGUGGACUCUGGAAACAAGCUAGUCGCUGAGGGCAAUCUCUACGCAGACAAGAUCAAGGAGAAGGUGCAGCUGAUUGAGGACAGAUACAUGAAAAACAAUGAGAAGGCCCAGGACGCCUCUGCUCUUCUGAGAGACAACCUGGAGCUCCAGAACUUCCUGCAGAACUGCCAGGAGCUCACACUCUGGAUCAACGACAAGCUGCUCACCUCCCAGGACGUCUCCUAUGAUGAGGCGCGGAACCUUCACAACAAAUGGCUGAAGCACCAGGCCUUUGUGGCCGAGCUGGCUUCCCACCAGGGCUGGCUGGAGAGCAUCGACGCGGAAGGAAAGCAGCUGAUGGACGAAAAGCCCCAGUUUACGGACCUGGUAUCCCAGAGGCUAGAAGCCUUGCACCGACUCUGGGAGGAGCUUCAGGCCACCACGCAGGAGAAAACCAAGCAGCUCUCGGCUGCCCGGAGCUCUGACCUGCGCUCACAGACACAUGCCGACCUCAACAAGUGGAUCACCGCCAUGGAGGAGCAACUGCGCUCAGAUGACCCUGGCAAGGACUUAACCAGUGUGAACCGGAUGUUAGCUAAGCUGAAGCGUGUGGAGGACCAAGUGAAUGUGCGGAAGGAGGAGCUGGGGGAGCUGUUUGCCCAGGUGCCCUCUCUGGGAGAGGAGGCAGGAGAUGAAGACCUGGGCAUUGAGAAGCGGUUCCUGGACCUUCUGGAGCCCCUGGGGAGGAGGAAGAAGCAGCUGGAAUCCUCCAGAGCCAAGCUGCAGAUCAGCCGGGACUUAGAGGACGAGACGCUGUGGGUGGAAGAGAGGCUGCCUCUGGCACAGUCAGCCGACUACGGCACUAACCUGCAAACUGUGCAGCUGUUCAUGAAGAAGAACCAGACACUGCAGAAUGAGAUCCAGGGCCACGCACCGCGGGUGGAGGGCGUGCUACAGAAGGGGCGGCAGCUGGUGGAAGGAGCGGAGAUCGACUGCCAGGACAUCGAGGAGCGUCUGGGCCACCUGCAGAGCUCCUGGGACACACUACGGGAGGCGGCAGCUGGGCGGCUGCAGCGCCUGAGGGAUGCCAGUGAGGCCCAGCAGUACUACCUGGACGCAGGCGAGGCUGAGGCCUGGAUCAGCGAGCAGGAGCUCUACGUCAUCUCCGAUGAGACCCCCAAGGACGAAGAGGGUGCCAUCGUGAUGCUGAAGCGGCACCUUCGGCAGCAGCGCGCGGUGGAGGAGUACGGCAAGAGCAUCAAGCAGCUGGCUGGUCGCGCCCGAAGCCUGCUGGCCGCAGGCCACCCCGAGGGGGAACAGAUCAUCAGGCUUCAGGGGCAGGUGGACAAGCAGUACGCCGGGCUGAAGGACAUGGCAGAGGAGCGCAGGCGGAAGCUGGAGAACAUGUACCACCUGUUCCAGCUGAAGAGGGAGGCUGAUGACCUGGAGCAAUGGAUUGCGGAAAAGGAGCUGGUGGCCUCGUCCCCGGAAAUGGGGCAAGACUUUGACCACGUCACUCUGCUCCGGGACAAGUUCCGGGACUUUGCCCGGGAGACUGGCGCCAUCGGGCAAGAGCGGGUGGACAAUGUGAAUGCCAUCAUCGAGCGGCUCAUUGACGCGGGCCAUGGCGAGGCGGCCACGAUCGCGGAGUGGAAGGACGGUCUGAACGAGAUGUGGGCUGACCUGCUGGAGCUCAUCGACACGCGCAUGCAGCUGCUGGCCGCCUCCUAUGACCUACACCGCUACUUCUACACGGGCGCUGAAAUCCUGGGCCUCAUCGAGGAGAAGUACCUCGAGCUGCCCGAUGACGUGGGGCUGGACGCCAGCACCGCAGAGUCCUUCAACCGGGUGCACACGGCCUUCGAGCGGGAGCUCCACCUGCUGGGUGUGCAGGUGCAGCAGUUCCAGGACGUGGCCACCCGACUGCAGACGGCGUAUGCGGGGGAGAAGGCUGACGCCAUCCACAACAAGGAGCAGGAGGUGUCGGCCGCAUGGCAGGAGCUGCUGGAUGCCUGUGCCGGGCGCCGCAUGCAGCUGGUGGACACGGCUGACAAGUUCCGCUUCUUCAGCAUGGUCCGCGACCUCCUCUCCUGGAUGGAGAGCAUCAUCCGGCAGAUCACGACCCAAGAGAGGCCCAGGGAUGUCUCCUCUGUGGAAUUGCUCAUGAAGUACCACCAGGGCAUCAGAGCCGAGAUCGAAACACGCAAUGACAACUUCAGUGACUGCAAGAAGCUGGGGGAGUCACUACUGCAGCGGCAACACCAGGACUCGGAGGAGAUCAAAAAUAAACUGAAGCAGGUGGAGAACAUGAAAGAAGAUAUGAAUAAAAAGUGGGACGUGCGCUGGAAGGAUCUCUGCAUUCUGCUGGAGGUGUGUCAGUUCUCCCGGGAUGCCUCUGUGGCCGAAGCAUGGCUGAUCGCCCAGGAGCCCUACCUGGCCAGCCAGGACUUUGGGCACACCGUGGACAGUGUGGAGAAGCUCAUCAAGAGGCACAAGGCUUUUGAGAAGUCCUCAGCCAGCUGGGCUGAACGCUUCGCGGCCCUGGAAAAGCCCACAACGCUGGAGCUCAAAGAACUCCAGACCCCCGAGAGGCCUGCCGAGGAGCCAGGGCCUCAAGAGGAGGAAGGCGAGACAGCGGGGGAGGCUCCCCGACCCCACCGUGCAGCCACCGAGAGAACGUCCCCGCAGGGGGAAGAGAGCCAGAGGCCUCGGGACCCGCAGCCACCUCCUCCACAGGGGCCGCCCCUGCACGGGCAGCAGCAGAAGGGCGGCGGGGUUGAGAAGCCGGCCACCGAGUCCGGCUUCAAGGCUCUGGACACGCCUCUGAGCGAGGGCGAUGAGCCAGCCACACUCCCGGCACAGCGGGACCCCGGAUACAGCGUGCAGAUGGAGGGCUACUUGGGCCGCAAACACGACCUCGAAGGGCCCAACAAGAAGGCGUCCAACAGGUCCUGGAACCAACUGUACUGCGUGCUCAGGAACAGCCAGCUGACCUUCUACAAGGAUGCCAAGAACCUGGCGCUGGGGGUGCCCUACCACGGGGAGGAGCCCCUGGCGCUGAGACAUGCUAUCUGUGAGAUCGCUGCCAACUACAAGAAGAAGAAGCACGUUUUCAAGCUGAGGCUGAGCAAUGGCAGCGAGUGGCUCUUCCAUGGAAAGGACGAGGAGGAGAUGCUGUCUUGGCUGCAAUGCGUGAGCAGCGCCAUCAACGAGUCCCAGAGCAUCCGCGUGAAGACACAGAGCCUGCCCCUUCCCUCCAUCACCGGCCCGGACACCACCCUGGGCAAGAAGGACAAGGAGAAGAGAUUCAGCUUCUUCCCCAAAAAGAAGUAGCCUCUGGCGGCACCCCGUGCACUGGGCUGGGCCGGGCGGGGCACGGGGUGCCGCAGGGCGUGGGGAUCAGCAGGAACUCCCGCCGCCCCGGAGGGGCCUAACGCCCCUGCCCCUGACCUCAGCCGUGGCCGAUUCUGCUCGAGCCCGCCUCCCGGGCCGCCCACUGCCUGCCCCUGCCUGCUCCGAGCUGCCGCCCGGCGGGCCCGGGGCCCCCGCUGCGCUGCAAUAGCUGCCUUGGCCCGCCCGGCGGCGCCCAGGAACCCGCCUGUCGCCUGCGCCGCGCUCCAGCUCCCGCAGCCGCGCCCCGCCGCCGCCGAGGGCCAGCUUGGGGCUCCAGGCCGCGGCUCCUGUUCCCUGGGCCUGGCGACAGGAAAGGCUCUCCCAGGCGCACGCGCGCCCUCCUCCCCUCCUGCUGGGCUGAGGGCAUGCCAGCCCCCCACCACCCCCACCCCAGGAAAGCUGGAGAAGGCUGAUGGUCGGGGGGAGUCCUCAAUCGCUGUCCACUCCCUAAGCAGAUCUUGCUUGGGGGUCACCUGGACGCAGUUGCCACCAGGCCAAAGGGAAAGGGGAAAGGAUGUCGGAAAUGCGAGUCCAGCUCUGGCCAGGGGUCUGCUGGGGAUCCUGGGGGCCUGCCAGCCCUCCCCAGUGGGCUUUCUCAGAACCAAGACUCGUCUCAGGGGACAACACUCCCUCCCCCCCCCAAAAGGAGCAGGGGGG